UGGGAACCUCAUCCAUUUACUCGUCCCAAGCCCGCUCCCUACCGUGACUGGUCUCUCGCCACCACCACGCCACUUCCUUACCGCCCUUUCCGCCAUGGCCCAUAUCACAUAACCAUGGGUCUCCGCACAAUGCAAUGGGAUGACUGGAUCGAACUGGAUAACGAAUACCUCAAAUUUCACACCCUCAAAGCCCAGCGCAUCGCCUCUCGUGGCGCGAAGUGCUGCCGGACGGACCCAGAGCCGCGCGUUGUCGACGGCGCUGUGGAGCUCCUCGAAGAACUGGCAUCUUACCUCCCGGAUCGCUAUCCCAGCCUGUUCCGCAGAACAGAAGUCGGCAUCGACAAUCUUGCCACAGGAGAAUGCUUCGACAUCCGCAAAGACCACCUGACCGUGAACGGCAUCGCCGAAGACCCCAUGCAGCUCUGUGCUCGCCUCGUGCAAGACGAUCUGGCCAUCAUGUUCGAGCGCGAAGACGGACAAUACUACCUCCUCGCCGGUGCGAUCUUGCUCGCAGGUUUUUGGCGCCUGGAAGAUAAAUUCGGUAUGCCUCUCUCGAAUAUCCACACAUCAGGAGGGGUGCCAGGCUACAAAAAGAAAUUAGAAAAGGGCAUGAUGAAUUUCUUCCACAGGGUACAGCCGGACAGGCCAGUAGUGCGGAACAACUACUUCAUCCAGGUGGACGAUGGACUGGCGUGGUCGGAGUCGAUCGGUAGUGAAGAUGGAGCCGAGGGCAGUUUUGGCUGGGACACCGCGGAAAAGAAUCGGAUUGUGGAGCAUCAUUGGUUUCGGUCGGAGAGGCAGAGUCUGAGGCGAUUACCGAGGAGUGGAGGGGUGGUGUUCACGAUUCGGACGUAUUUUCAUCCCGUGGUGGAGAUCGCGAGGGAGCCGUAUGUGCCUGGGAGGCUCGCCAGUGCAGUGCGCAGUUGGGGAGACGAUGUGGCGAAGUAUAAGGGAAGGGAUAGGUAUGGCGACGUGCUCCUGGAGUAUCUCGAUGCGAAGCAUCAGGAGCAGGUCAGGAAUGGGCUGGACGUGGAGAAGGAGGAGAAUGCGAGAGCGUAUCCUUGGUGA